CAGAGCACAAAGCAUGAAACCUCAAUCCACCAAAAUAGCAUUUAUUCUACUAGCUCUUUUCGCCAUGCAAAUGGAGUCUCAAGCCGCCAGACUUCCAGUACUACAACGACCGCAGGGCCUUGGCGGACAGCCUCGGCUCCCGAGCAGGUUGGAUGAAUUCGUACGUUCAAGCGCUGAGAGAUGUGGGAAAAGCUGUCAAGAUCAACGUGGCUCUUCUUUUCGUGACUAUUUUGCCAAACUUGAGAACUCCCCUGACUAUAGUGGGACGGCCUCUGAAGAAACGGCGAUGAAUGUAACACGUAAGGAUCAUUUCACUAAGCGUGAUUUGCUUCUUAAACCACGAAAAAGAAAGUGGGUCAGCAAGAGAAAGCUCAAAAAACAGCUCCAAAAGUGUGAGGCAAGCCUACAGGAGACUCAGGCCGCCUUGGAGGCCCCCAGACUUUUAUUCAUCCAAAUGGCGCAACACUGCACUUUGGAAAUGGCAGCAGGACGAUAUCACCUUCGCACUGUAGAUAUGGAUCCUGAUACCUACGUUUUUGCAGAGAUGCCCUCACAGUAUGCAACUGUCUGGCCAACGAGCUAUUUUGUCGGAUACCUCUUUGAUGAGUUCUUUCCCAUCGAAAAGCCCAACGCGGCCUUCACAUUUAACGUCUAUCAGAACGAGUCCGAGAAAUCAUUUGAAGGGCCACUCAUAUCCGUUGUACUGUCAUCACAUCAAAUCAGAAUCCAGGAGGACAACUCAUCACUUGUCAUCUACGAGCUUGGUCAGUCAUCUGAUCAGGCAGAGACCUCCCCGCUGUCUAAUUUCUUUCGGGGCGUCGAUCCCAUGGGGAACGCGUCGAUUACGUUCGAGCAUUGCUCCAUCUUCAUUGACCCUGCAGUUGAUGAGUUAGACCGUAAUGUGAGCUCUACUGAUAGCUACGUGGCCGCGCUGAAGUCCGUCGACCAAGUUCUGAGGGACCUCGAAAGGUCUGCCAAUGCCAUUGAGCAAGGUCCAAGCGGAGCCCAAGUAUCAAGCACGAAUCAGGGCAUGCUGGACACAUUUACUAGAGUGUGGCAGGUCAAAGAUAGUGAAAGAAAGAUCCAAGGUGAUCCUGAUUCAAGUGCGUCCUUGAGGAGUGCUGCGGAUACGCUCCGUGCAACAGUGAAUCUAAUCAGAGAAUGCAAAGAUAGCUCAAAUGGCUGUGAUAAACGCGCGCUCUCAGAUAGCGUAUCUAACGUGUUGCUGACGACAGCACCUGUGAUAGGGGCCGCAUUCUCUCCGAUGGGCAUGGGUGUCUCGUUGGUAUCGUCCAUCGGAUACCUCUUAUCUAGUUUGGCCUACGAUUUAAGAAUGACUUCGACCACAGGUCUUUUUCCGUCAGCCAUACAAGAGGUCGUGAAUAUAAAGUUCCAAACCUUCUCUCUUACCUUAGACACCGAUCUGACGACGCUCUUCAAAGAUUUUUGGCAAAUGGACCUUGACAACUUCAUGAGGCAUUCUGGAAGCAUCGGUUAUAUAAUGAAAAAGAUGGGAACAGACGGCCAAGCAUCUGUAGACCAGGAGGUUGAAAGCUGGUAUCAUGAAGCAUUCUCUCCAUCAUGGACGUCGACGUAUGAGCCCGCUCUGAUGAAAAUUGAAGAGAAGUAUGCAACUGAGUUGGGCCGCAACACCUACGGAAGCCGACACACGGUCAACUCAUGGAUUUCGGAAUCCGAAGGCAUGUGCGCGUCGAUAUCGGUUGACUUCAUUAAGGAUGGCAAAAGCCGGUUAGAUUAUUGUAAAAAAAAGCUUGAUGACGGUAGACGUAAAUGGGAGUCCCUCGAUGCUUUCGCUAAGGCAUACCUCGACAUGGCAGCGACGUUGACAAGCUUUGCUUCCCAAAGCAUUCUGAUUAUACAGACUUACUCGUAUUGCAACCCCGGAAAGUAUGAUCAGAAUGUGGUCAACGAGAAAUGCAAAUGGAAAGGUGCAAUGGACAAUUUGCUCACCAAAACCUUCGAUACCCAAGGCCGUGCGUUGUUUCUAUCAAAAGUCAUGCAAACGCUCGACACGGAAUGCAGCUCAGGAGCAGCCGGAUGGCCAUUCUCUCAAACUUGCUCUAGGAAGACAUGCGAUUACAAGUUUGCCUUGAUGAUAGAUAGAGAGCUUUGGGAGCGAUAUUUCGAAAGCUUGAAUGAGGAAGGCAAAUACGUUGUGCUGGAAGAAUUCGGCAGUCGUAAUUUGUACUCCUAUUGUGUUUAUACAAAUCCCAAACAUAUUUGGCCGUUUGGAUGGAUACCAUACGGAGGCAUCACAGCUUAUGAUGAAGAUCCCACUGGAGACAGUUAUAUCACAGACGAUUGCUUAAGCGUUAUGAAAUAUCUUUUCCCUAAAUUCCCUGAGAAUAUAUGGAAAUUUGACGCCGAUUUUGCUGCUGUGUUUGGAGCGAUUCCGAAUUUCGGUCUCAAGCAGGACUUCCCUAAAUGCGCGGCGCUUCUCGAUGAUGUCAGUCUUUGGGGACCUCUUGUGCCGACUGAAGAGUCACUUAAACGCUAUCCCUCGAAUCUUAAAUGCAAAGAGACUCCGGUUUCCUUCUAUACGCUUCGUCCCGGCGAGACCGAGCAAGCUUGCUGGAUAAAAUGCUACUACGAGGCGAAGCUCAAACCCAAUUUCUUUUUCACCGUGGAUCAUACAUUUCCAGGGGUCGAAGAUCUGUGCUUGUGUCAUUCAACUUGUGACAUUGAGUACGUCAAAGGUAAUUCCCUCUUUGCAGCCCUCAAACCUCCAAUUACCAAACCUCUUCCUCCUAUUCUUCCUCCUCGUCCUCGUCUUUUGUAAGCGCAAGGUACGCGUCAAGGAUAGUUUUUCGCGUUGAACCCCUCACCUCUUGCGUACAGGUGUCCGUGAAGAAACUGCCUUACUCAUACCUUCUCCUUCGUAAGAUUUUCUGCGAUCUCUACACCCUUCAAGACUAUGCUACUCUGUGCCAUCAACUGUUGAGAUUAGCUCCAGCGAAAGGAAUUCAAGAAGGUUGGACAGCAAAGAAGAGGCUUGAGCAUGCUCGGAAGAUUCACAAAUGUGCUUCCAAUCCAAGCUAUGAAAAUUAAAAGCCUCUUAAUAGGGUGUUAAAUGAUACUUAUGUCGGCUCCUGCUCCCAGCAUUGUUUAGGUAUAGCAAAAAAAUGUCCACGCUUACUGAAAUUGUAGAAUUAAGCAAUCUUGUCUCGUACAAAA